AUGUCCACCGCCAACCGGGCUCUCAGCCUCUCGAAAUUCGACUGGCGUGAAACAGUCAACAUCCUUGCAGGGCCAGAAGACGACCAGGAGACAUUCCUACUGCACCGGGACCUCCUUUGCUCACGGUCCGACCUUUUCCGCGCAGCAAUAAUCGGCGACUGGAAAGAAGCACAGGAGAAGGUGGUGAGGUUGCCGGAAGUGAACAACAAGCUUUUCCGUGUUUAUGUUGGGUGUCUGUACACUGGCACGGUCGACCUUGAGUGUGCUGGGGUAGAAGUGGUGCAUACGGAUGUCAAGGAUGAAGCGAACAACGUCUUCAGCGUGGAGGACCAAGAUGGGGCGGACGACAUUCCUACGAAGGAAGCCGUAGAACACAGAGCUAUGCUACUCUACAAUGUCGCGACGAACGCAUUCGCUCUCGGAGAGAGACUCCAGGACCGCAUUUUUCGCAAUGCCGUGAUGAGCAAGACCGCUGGUAAGACCGGCUCUAUUCUCUCGAACACGAACUGCUUCCCAGGAGUGGAUGCCACAAUCAACAUGGCCGGGAAGGUCUCGCGUGGCUCGCCGAUGCUGAAGUUCUACGUUGACGCGUGGGCGGUUGAUCGGGAAGCGGCGCAUUUCAGAGAAAUAGGUGGGCUUCUGCCGCAAGACUUCGUGUUAGAAGUGGCAUGCGCGGGCAUCGAGGAGAGAAGAAUUCACUACGAGGACAGGGAUCCAAGGUACCGCCCGAGAUGCUUCUACCACGAGCAUGAGACCGACGCAGACAAAUGCACAUAA